AGGCGCCUGGGUUACAUAAAUGCGACCGGGGUGGGGCAACGCCAAAGGCUGAGCCUUUGCUCAGCCUCGACGGCUGUUCCUCAUUUACCGCCCCGCUCUCCUCGCAUUGAAAUUAAUGUGCUGUACUCUAAUCCUCGUUGCAUCAUCAUGUCUGGGGUCGAGAUCGCUGGCCUUGUGUUCGGCAUCGUUCCGAUCGUUGUGGAGACCUUGAGAUCAUACUCUUUCAUCAAGGAUAAGCUACAUACAUGUCGACAUUACUCCGACGAGGUUGAGGAGGUUUCUGCACGACUAGGCAGCUCUCGAACAAACUUCAACAACGAGGUUCAGCUUCUUCGCCAAUGCCUGAAAGGGAAGGAGCAGACUGGAGGACUCGAUGACGACGUGACUGCGGCACUUGAGGAGAGCUACAAGUCCUGCAUCAAGACGAUAGAUAGAACGAAAAGGAUUCUUGACAAGAUGAAGACUGAGAUGGCGGUGUUUGAUGAACUGUUGAUGAAGAAGUCACAGGGGAGCUCUGUCAAAAGAUUGCGCACGAUCAUCAAGAUAACCUUCAACGAGUCCAAAUAUGAGAAGUUGCUCAGCAGGCUACGAGAGAGAAACAAUGAGCUGAGCGCUUUCCGUUUGCAAAUAGAAGCUCUCAAACAGCCAGGCCUUCAAGCAGGAGGCAUCUUUAUUCAGCACAAACCUCUCCCAACCGAGUUUUGCACAGUACAGCAUGCAUCCCGUCAGCUACAUGCUGCCUUGAGCGAGACUUGGUACUGUGAUAGUGUUGCACAACGGGGCCAUCACGCAAAACUCUGCAUUGAUGCCGAGGUGGCUAACGAGGUCCAACUCGAUAUUGCGAUCUCAUGUCAAGAGCUCCAAAGCGGAGAAGAGUCAUGUAGCUUGGACACACAGGCCCACAUAUGGUUGUACGUACAAACUUCGGCUGUUUCAACCCCGAAGCAUACGAUUGUCGAGGCAACCCAGGCAGGUAGUCAAUCACCACUUACGAUCUGUGACCCUUUGAAUGACAGAACGAAACAUUUGAAGAAGAAGGCUUCUUCAGAUCCGUGGGUUCGAAGAAAGAAAGCUAAACAUGUCCAAUGGGCCACACUUCCGAAUGCAAUAUCGGCCGAUCCAAUAACCUCUCGCAAUGUGAUAGAGACUAUUACGGAUCUGAGUCAGACUAGAAACAUGUGUGAAUUCUUAAAAAGAAGCCAUUCUAGCCGAGAUUCCUCACACGGACCCCACUGCGUGGGCUAUCUUCACGAUUCGUGCUUGUACAAGCAUUCGUUUUACUUCCGGGACGCAGCGACGAGACCGGAACUACAAGAACCUAUUGGAUCAAAAGCGUAUUCUGUCGAGGAUGCGCUGAAGCAGGAUGUUUACGAUGCCAUCGGAAUCGUGGAUCAGCUCCGGAUGGCUCACAAGGUGGCCCGCGCAGUCCUACAAUACAACGAAACGCCCUGGCUUCCAUCUCACUGGCGUCUCCUUGAUGUGAAAUAUCUUGGAACAGAGGUCACUAUGGACUCUGUUGCGUUGAAGACACUGCAUCUAAGUUCCGAAAUUAUGAAGCAACCCGAUGCAGCACGCAUGCAAGGUGUGCGGCUUGCAAAGGAUGCAACCACUAGUCAGAUCAAACAAGGGAUCACGAAUUCGACACUCUUCUGCCUCGGGGUAGCUCUGCUUGAGAUUGCAUACUGGUCGCCGAUUGAAGGAAAGAUGACGGAAGAUGAUGAGAGCAACCCAGUUCUCACUGCCCGUCGACUCCAAAAAGAUCGAGCACCACCGCUUGGUAUUGAGUAUCAGAGUAUCGCUAAGAAAUGUCUUUGGUGCGAUUUCGGCUUCGGUGAUCAGCUCAGUGAAACGGGUCUACAGUCAGCGGUUUACACUAACGUAGUGUGAGAGCUUGAGGAGUUGAUUGUAAAGUUCACUAAGCUUGGUAUCAAAUAAGUUCUUUGAUACCAAAACUAGGCGCAAUGACUACGGCUGACUGGCAAGUGAUCGUGCCAAUACAGUCCAAAUCAGACAUAAGAGCUGGGUUAGAUCGUGCCGCGGUAGAGCAAAGCUAAGAAACUUGCGGGGGGAUCUUGAACGGAGAAUCGAUUAUUGUGCAAUUUCGAUGUAGUUGAUGAUGAUUUCACCAGAAGUGUUAAUCAUGCUUCCUCUAUCUACACAAUCCCUGCCGCCUCAAGCCCCGACAAUCUUCGAUAGCUUCCAGGGAUGUUAUAUCUCUCCUCCCCCGACACCCCGAGGUAGAUUUGGGCCCACAGAACAGAAUCCAGCUUGAAUAAUGAG